UAACCAACUAUCCAUCUCUCAGUUCUCUCUAUAUAUAUGCCAACCCAAACGCAGUUUCAGGCCAGUCUCUGUUCCUACUGCUCCUACACACUCAUUCAUCUUCAAAGCUAAGCUAUUCAGUUUCUCUUCACCAAUUGCCCUCCAAAUUUAAAACCAUCCACAAAUGGGGAAGGUAUGAAUAAAUAUUAUCUCUUCUUGCAUUUGAAAACUAUGUUUGUACACUUGGAUUUCAGAAAUCUGGAAUUUCCGUUUGAAUUGAUGAGUGUUUUUGGGAUGACCCAGCCUUAGCUUGAUCUUAUAAUUAAACUUAUUUGGGUUUAUAUGAUUGGCAGCAAAAGGUAGUAUUUAGCAUCACUAUGAGGGAUGAAAAGGCAAAAGUCAAAGCCCAUAAGAUUGUCGUUCACCACUCCGGAGUUGUUUCCACGUCUGUGGACCGAGAGAAGGGGCGGAUAGAGGUGGUCGGCGAGUUUGAUGUCGUGGUGUUGGCCGUCGAGUUGAGAAGGAAACUUGGUCAAGCUAAUAUAGAGACAAUGGCCCCCGUGGUUGAAGAAAAGAAGAAAGAAUAUAAAAAGAAUGAUGCCUCAACACCCCAAUACGGAACAAUCACUUAUGAUCCGUACACUUCUUGUCAAGCACCUUCUUACUACCAAGCGCCUUCUUACUACUACAGUUAUUCAGCUAAUCGUUACAAUAAUGCAUGAUUAUGAAAAUGUGUGGGAGGCACGGUAUUGUAAUUCAAUUUACUUUGUAAUGAAACUAAUAAACUUAUUUAUAUAUUCUUCUUGUCAUCUUCGGUUCUUUUCUUGCCAUCUUUAUCAAAUUUUUGUUGAGGCUAGCCUGGUAUAAUAUAAUGGUCAAGAAGUUGGGGCCUACAAGUAAGGAAUCAAAGACAAAUUGAACACCGAAUCAGUUUAUAAUACGGAUUUGUAAUUGAAUACUCAUGUUAUAUCUAUUUGUAAUUUGAGUUCUUUAACGAAUGGUUAAUCUUACUAGAUCAAACUGGAGGCUUAUUGUGGUAUUGUACACAUCAUAAUGAACAUAUAAGAAGUUCCCCUAAAUAGAAUUUGAAAGUUUAAAAUUGGAGUGUUGUUUUCCCAAA